GUGUCACAACGGUCGUCAACACAAGGACAACUGAUUUUUUUUAAAAUAUAUAAAGAAAUAAGAACUGGUUUUUUCGUUCAAAAAGAUGAAAAGAUUAUCUUUCCAUCUGUUCCACCUCCACCAUUCACUGUCAUCCACGUUCCAUGCAAAUCAUCAAUUUGCUGAAUAGUGGAAGCCAAACAAAGAGAUCGGAUAUAACAAAAGAAAAAAAUCCAAAGAAAGCGAGAAAAAAAGGGCUUAAUCGCCCGAUCCGACCUCAAUUCAUGGCCUUCUCAGCCCUCUUCUUCUCCCCCAACUUCGCCCUUCCCAAAAUGUUCCCACCACGUCCCCUAACCCCCAAAUUCCCCCUCCUCCGCUGUUCCUCCACCUCCCCUGCCGCCGCCGCCGCCGCCUCCUUCGACCUUCGCGGCUACUGGACGACGCUGCUUCCCCAGAUCGAGUCCCAGCUCGACGCUGCCCUCCCCGUCCGCUUCCCGGAGAGGAUCUUCGAGGCGAUGCGCUACUCCGUCCUCGCCGGCGGCGGCAAGCGCGCCCCUCCCAUCAUGUGCAUCGCCGCCUGCGAGCUCGUCGGCGGCGACCGCUCCGCCGCCUUCCCCACCGCCUGCGCCCUCGAGAUGAUCCACGCCGCCUCCCUCGUCCACGACGACCUCCCCUGCUUCGACGCCGCCCCGCUCCGCCGCGGCCGCCCCUCCACCCACGCCCGCUUCGGCGUCGACAUGGCUGUCCUCGCCGGCGACGCCCUCUUCCCCCUCGCCUUCAGCCAUGUCGUCGCCCGGACCCCGCGGGACCUUGUCCCCCCAGCCACCGUCCUCCGCGCCCUCGCCGAGAUCGCCCGCGCCGUCGGCUCCACCGGCAUGGCUGCCGGUCAGUUCCUCGACCUCACCGGCGCCGCCGCCGCCGGGGAGGCGGAUGUCGUCGCCGUGCUCGAGAAGAAGUUCGGCGAGAUGGCGGAGUGCUCGGCGGUGUGCGGAGGGAUCCUGGGCGGCGCCGGCGAGGAGGAGGCGGAAGGGCUGAGGAGGUACGGGAGGGCGGUGGGGGUGCUGUACGAGCUGGUGGACGACAUACUGAUGGCGGACGCGGGGUCGAACGGGAAGAUGCGGAGCAACGCCAGGGCCGUGGCGGCGCUCGGGAUGGAGAGGGCCAUGGAAAUGGUGGGGGAGCUCCAGGGGAAGGCCAAGAGGGAGCUACAGAGGUUCGGGGACAAGUAUGGGGACCGAGUGCUGCCUCUCUAUAGCUUCGUCGAUUACGCCGUCGAGAGGGGAUUCGUCGUCGAAGCUGGAGGAGAAGGAGAAGUUGCUGCUGCUUCUGCCUCUGCUUCUGCGACUGGUGAUGGAAAUAGUGAUAUUGGAGUGGAUGGUAACUCUGGACCUCCUUCUGGAGAGUGAUGAAAUGAGGCCAUUAGUUUGUCUAGCAGAAUAAAUUCUGAGCUUUUCGAUUCUUUUUUCUUAUUCUUUUUGGUGGAGUGAUGUGAUUUCAGUUUAAUUUAUUUGGUUGGAACUGAUGAAAUGUGUGCCCCUAAACACCUUUUCCUUGUUGGGUAAACUAUUGGUUCAUUCCCUUGGAUGCUUUGGCCACUGGUCAUUCUUGGCAA